GCCAUCCGUCUCGUCGGGUCCCGCCGGAUCCCGGGCCCCGCCCGGCCCGAGUGGCGAGGGGACCCCGCGCCCGGGGCACCGGAUGGCUCCAGCAAAGAAAGGUGGAGAAAAGAAGAAGGGGAGAUCUGCUAUCAAUGAGGUGGUGACUAGGGAAUAUACCAUCAACAUUCACAAACGGAUCCAUGGCGUGGGAUUCAAGAAACGCGCCCCCCGUGCUCUCAAGGAGAUCCGUAAAUUUGCAAUGAAGGAGAUGGGUACUCCUGAUGUACGCAUUGACACCAGAUUGAACAAAGCAGUCUGGGCCAAAGGGAUAAGGAAUGUUCCCUAUCGCAUCCGUGUACGUUUAUCCAGAAAACGCAAUGAGGAUGAAGAUUCACCCAACAAACUAUACACGCUGGUUACCUAUGUACCUGUCACCACUUUCAAAAGUCUACAGACAGUCAAUGUGGAUGAAAACUAAACUGCUUUUCAAUACAAUAAAGUUAUAAAAGUGACACUUA